UAAACAAUUUUUUAAUUAAAAUUCAUUAUUUUUACUACUUUUUUUUUUGAUUUUUCUAAUUUUGUAUCUUCGAUGUGAUAUAUUUAGAUAUUUUACCAUCAUAGUAUUUAGCUUUUUCACGUUUUUCAAGUAUGCAAACCAUUAUAAUACGGAAUAAAACAAUACGCUAAGUAUUUUGUUGUAUGACGUGUCGUGAAAGAUUUUAAUCACAGGUGGACACAUUUUAAUUGAUUUUGACUAAUCGUAAUAAUGUCUUCCAUUCCUUUGGCCGGUAAUCUGGUUAAUCGUAUCCGGCGGUGCCUCAACGUCUUGGCCACUCGGCCUGGACGAUCGCGAUGAGCCCCCCAGUUCAUUCGAGUGAUAUGUUAGUUUCGUCAGAAACGAACACAGAUAUCAUUAAUAACAAUAAUAAUAACAACGACGACGACGGUCUUUGUGAUAAACCGGCUUUAUCUACCGAAGAACUGGCGCUGUUAGCAAAACUCGAGGAAGCCAAUCGGCUCAUCGAGUCGGAUUCAAAGUCGCUCAAUUCUAUAUCUAAUAAUAGCACUCAUUCCAGAAAAAGCUCAGAUGCAUCCCAAAUUUCACUGGUGUCUGGAACAGGAUCAAGCCAAGAUGGUGAAGAAGAUGUAUGGGGUCUUUGGGGUCAAGUUGUUAAUGAUUGGGAAAAUUACAGUAAGAAAAAAAAUGCGUACCUCAAAGAAUUAGUGAGGAAAGGGAUACCACAUCAUUUUCGAGGAAUUGUUUGGCAACUAUUGUGUGGAGCUAAUGAUUCACCAAUUAGGAAACAAUAUCCAGAAUACAUUAAAGCCACAUCAGCUUGUGAAAAAGUUAUACGAAGAGAUAUAGCACGCACCUAUCCUGAACAUGAUUUCUUUAAAGAAAAAGAUGGACUUGGCCAAGAAAGUUUGUUUAACGUCAUGAAAGCAUAUUCAUUACAUGACCGUGAGGUAGGAUAUUGUCAAGGUUCAGGAUUUAUAGUUGGUUUAUUAUUAAUGCAAAUGCCUGAAGAAGAAGCUUUUGCUGUUUUUGUGAAGAUAAUGCAAGAUUAUAAAAUGAGAGAUAUGUUCAAGCCAACCAUGGCUGAACUUGGUCUGUGCAUGUAUCAAUUAGAAAAUUUGGUCCAGGAUCACAUUCCAGAACUUUUUGUACAUUUCCAAUCUCAAAGCUUCCAUACUAGUAUGUAUGCGAGUAGUUGGUUUCUGACAUUAUUUACCACUGCACUCUCACUACCUACUGCUUGCAGAAUUAUUGAUGUUUUUCUGUCUGAAGGAGUGGAAAUAAUUUUUAAAGUUGCCUUAGCAUUACUUCAAUUAGGUAAAGAUGAUCUCUUGUGUUUAGAUAUGGAAGGAAUGCUGAGGUUUUUUCAAAAAGAAUUACCUUCCCGUGCUAAUGCUGAUGCUGAUAGUUUGAUGAUACAAGCGCUUAACAUUAAGUAUAAUGCUAAACGUAUGAAAAAAUUAGAAAAAGAAUACACUGCUAUUAAGAGUAAAGAACAGGAAGAAAUGAUUGAACUCAAGAAACUUCGAACUGAAAAUCGCUUACUAAGACAAAAAGUUGAACUUCUUGAAGCAGAAUCUAGUGAACUAGCAGGUUUGUUGGUAAGAGGUCAAGUAUCUCGUGCUGAAGAAGAAGAAACAACAUUUAUUGUGCAACGAGAACUAACAGCCUUGCGACACACUCAUUUAGAAACUUCACAUGCCUUAGAAAAUGCUUUGGAAGAAAUCAAACAAAUGUCUAUUUUGAUAACAGAGAAUCACAAUUCUUGUCAAUCAUCUUUAGAUGAGCUUUCGAUAAAACAAGAACAAUUAACACUCAAAGAGGAAAUGAUCAGUGACCUUCAAGAAGAAUUAGUUAAAGUUAGACUGCGGGAUGCAGAAAAUGAAGCAAUGAUACGUGAUCUUAAAGAUAAAAUUGGAGAACUUGAACAUGAUAAAAAAACUCUUCGAGAAUCAGUUGUUGACAAUUCUGUUGCACACCUUCAAGAAGAAUUGAUUGCUGUCAAAUUACGUGAAGCAGAAGCCAAUUUAUCUUUGAAAGAUCUCAGACAACGAGUGAAUGAAAUAAAUUGCCAAUGGCAACGGCAUUUGCAAGAUAAAAAAAGAAUCGAUCCACCUCCUGCACCUGAUUCAACUCCUAAAAAAAUUGGAAAUUUAUUAAACUGGAAUAAUGCAGAAACUCAGCGGCUUGAAGAAGAGCUUACGACUACUAAAUUAAGAGAAAUGGAAACUUUGGCUGAAUUGAAAGAACUUAGAUUAAAAGUUAUGGAACUUGAGACACAAGUUCAGGUUAGUGGAAAUCAGUUAAGAAGGCAAGAUGAGGAUAAUAAAGCUGUACGUGAACAACUAGAAUUAGCUGAAACUAAACAAAGAGAUCUAGUUGCUAAACUAAGAGAACAACAAAAUAAGUAUACGGAUUUAGAAUCAAAGAUGAAACAUGACAUGAUUUCUUCAAGAAUACGAGAAGCUGAGCAUGCUCAAAUGGUUGCUGAAUUAAACCAAAAGAUAUCUAGAUUAGAAGUAAAAAAUGAAGAAAUGGUUACUGAAGGAGAACUUAGAAAUAACUCAUUAGACGAUAGUGAUAAAGUUAAAGAACUUCAAGAUAAGGUAGCUGAUCUGAAAGCUGAAGUAAUGCGACUGGAGGCCUGGAAACAACGGUGGGUCAACAAUGGUAACACUACCAUCAAGACUGAGAGAUCUGGAUCAGUAGAUACAACAGAAAGUGAAAUGGAUGAUUCAGCAGAUUUUCAUUUGCGAUUAUCUAGUUGAACCUAUUAUAGUUACUUCUCCUUAUUAUAAAAUUAUAUAUAUUAAUAAUGAUGGAAAACUAAAAUAGAUUUUUUUUUUUAUUGUUUAAGGUGAUAUUAUUAUUUCCAAUGAGAUAGAUAAAAAUAGUACUCAAUUUUUAUAUUUGAAUGGCCAAAUAAUUAUUGCCGUCCUUUUUUUUUUA